AUGCUACCCACACCAGACACUUCCCACGUCCCCUUCGAGCGGGUCUAUGAGCCGGCGGAGGACUCGUAUCUCCUCCUGGACACCCUCUCCGCUCCCUCGGAGACCCAAUUCCUCACCUCGCGCUUCGGCGCCACCACCCCUCCCUCGUCCUCGUCGCCUUCGCCGACCCCUGCAGCGCCCCUCGUUGUCGAGAUCGGCACCGGCUCCGGCGUCGUGGUGGCCUUCAUCACCGCCCACGCCCUCACCCUCUUCGGCACCCCCCACGUCCUGACCUCGGGCGUCGACCUCAACGGGCACGCCUGCAAGGCCACAAAUUCCACCGUCCUCCGCGCGCGUGCCGAGAACCCGGCCACCUCGUCGCAAUCAUGGCUCGGCGCCGCCAUGGGCGACCUCACGGCACCGCUGAAGGAGGGCAGCGUCGACGUGCUGGUCUUCAACCCACCUUACGUCCCCUCACCUGAGCUUCCCGCGCAGACGUCCGGCGCGCUGGUCGCGGACGGCGAGAGGAAGACGACCUUUGACGAGGACUCGUACCUGCUCUCGUUGUCGUAUGCUGGCGGGCAGGACGGAAUGGAGACGACGGACCGGCUCAUCGAGGCGCUGCCAGGGGUCCUGUCGCAGAGGGGGUGUGCGUACAUCCUGCUCUGUGCGCAGAACAGGCCGGAGGAGGUCAAGGCCCGCAUCGAGCGGCUUGGGGGGGGAUGGAGGGCCAUCACGGUGGGGGAGAGCGGUAAGAAGGCCGGAUGGGAGAAGUUGCAAAUCGUCAGGGUGUGGAGAGAUGGGCAGCAUGCGCCGUAG